GCUUAUGGGGAUGACUUUGCUUUGCUUUUGCAUUAGGAUUUCAAACCAGUUCAUCUGCCUAUUUGUUGCAAUCGUUUUGAUCACAAUCUGCCAAACCAGUUAGAGUUUCAAUGGCGACGAAAGAGAAAAAAUCCCUAUCAGGAGCCCAAAUCAGGGCCAAUUCCAGGCUGGGCAACAGCAACGUUGUACACCCAGAAGAUUUAGAGACACAGAGGCCAACUCCAGUUGUUUUUCAAGAAAUCAAACAUUUCAAGAAAUGGGUUCCUUGGUUAAUUCCUUGCUUUGUGGUAGCAAAUAUCAUCGUGUUUGUCAUCACUAUGUACGUCAACAAUUGUCCCAAGAACUCGGUCGGUUGCAUUGCUACAUUUCUGGGUAGAUUCUCCUUUCAGCCCUUUAAGGAGAAUCCUCUGCUUGGUCCCUCCUCGAUCACGCUGCAGAAGAUGGGAGCUUUAGAUGUGAAUAGAGUGGUCCACCAACACCAGGGUUGGCGUCUCAUCACUUGCAAUUGGUUACAUGGAGGAGUUCUUCAUAUUCUGGCAAAUAUGUUGAGUCUUUUAGUUAUCGGAAUUCGGCUUGAACAAGAAUUUGGAUUUGUUCGGAUUGGAUUGCUCUAUGUCAUCUCUGGAUUUGGUGGGAGUUUAUUCUCAGCUCUUUUCAUCCAGUCAAAUAUCUCUGUUGGUGCAUCUGGUGCCCUUUUUGGAUUACUUGGAGGCAUGCUUUCAGAACUUAUCACUAAUUGGACAACGUAUGCCAACAAGAUUGCAGCAUUUGUGACUCUCGUGGUAAUCAUUGCUAUAAAUUUAGCUGUGGGAAUCCUCCCUCAUGUUGACAACUUUGCUCAUAUUGGAGGAUUUGCUACCGGGUUUCUUCUUGGGUUUGUGUUUCUUAUCCGCCCCCAGUUCGGAUGGAUUGCAAAACGAUAUUCUCCUCCUGGAUAUUCUACUUCAUCCAGCCGUAAAUUCAAGAUUUAUCAAUGCGUACUUUGGCUUGUUUCUCUAAUCCUCUUAAUUGUGGGGUUAACUGUUGGCCUGGUUAUGCUUCUCCGAGGAGUUGAUGCAAAUGAUCAUUGUUCCUGGUGUCAUUACUUGUCUUGUGUCCCUACAUCGAAAUGGAGCUGCUCGACGAAUGCUGCAUACUGCUCGUCCAGCCAAGUGGGAAACCAGCUAAAUAUGACAUGUUCGAGUAAUGGAAAGUCUAGCUUUUACAAUAUGUCGGAUCCAACCAUUUCUCAGAUCGAGGGAUUAUGCAGUCAGCUUUGCAGUUGAUUCAUGUUAAAUACAGGAGGGAUGGAUAUUGUUUGUCAGUAGCCGUUUAGAUGUAUGAACCCUCUGUAAUUCCAUUCCCUGUUGCUGUUUCUAUUAUACAUAUUUAGAUCUCUCUUCAAUUUUAUGUAAAUGACCUUCAUGGUGUUAGCAAUAGUUGAAUUGGUUGCUUAAUUUUGGAUA